AUGCCUUUCCAAGCCCCAGUCCAAGCGAAAUGCCCCAAAUGCGGGAAAUCAGUGUAUGCCGCUGAAGAAAAGGUCGCCGGCGGCUACAAAUGGCACAAAUUCUGUUUCAAAUGCAGUAAGUUUAAUGUCAAAUCUACUGUAAUUUGUCCGUUACUACCCGUCCUUCUCAUACGUUCAAUUAGUUUUACGCUUUCGCCAAAAAAUGAUAAAUUUUGCCAAAAAAUCAAAUUUUUUUCGCCAAAAAUCAUCAUUUUCCCUCCAAAACGCUUCUAAAACCCCUUCAAAGUCCCUAAAAAUGUCCCUACUGUCCUCCAAGUCCUCUACUGUUCUGUAUUUUAGCUUUGUGUAAUAAGUUGUUGGACUCGACCAACUGUUGUGAGCAUUUGGCUGAGCUGUAUUGUAAGCAAUGCCAUGGCCGUAAAUACGGGCCAAAAGGAGUCGGAUUCGGAAUUGGCGCUGGCUCACUCUCGAUGGACACUGGAGCUCAAUUUGGAAACAAAGAAGUCGAGAUGACGUCAGUUUUUUCGUUUUUUAAACCCGAUUUAUGUUUUUGGGGGAAAAUUCAUAUUAUACUUGGAAAUUUAUGUGUCUACUCUUAGAUUUAGGUUGAUAAAAUAGUCGCAACUUAUAUAGGUAGAGAUUAGAAAAGAUACUAAAUAUUUUGAAGUAAACACGCAACAAGAAGAACCGUAUUUUACCCUCCAAACACACUGUGUUCCGUUUUUCUCCACGUUUUUUGCUGUGCUACUUGUAUCACUGUUUUUUGUAUGUGUUUACCUAUCUUCUAACCUCUCUAUCGUCACAAUUUCACUUUCCUCUCUCACUUGCAGACAUGUGUAACAAGUUGUUGGACUCGACCAACUGCUGUGAGCACGAGGCCGAGCUCUAUUGUAAGCAAUGCCAUGGCAGGAAAUACGGCCCCAAGGGAGUGGGAUUCGGACUCGGAGCCGGCGCUCUGACUAUGGACAAGGGAGACCGAUUCAAGAAGGAGGAGGAGAAAUAA